UCCCCGUCGUCUCCAGGAAGUAGAGUAGAGAGAGUUUGACAUCUAUGUCAUUAGAGGCACUGAAAGUCACCGGGACUGUGUUAUUCUCUAGCUUCAACUGGUGGCCCUAGAAACAAUUCUGUAUCUAAACGGACGGAAACUGUUGAGUCAAGUUAGCGAUUCCUAAUAAAACAUGUCACUAUGCAUGCUCUAACAGCCAUGGACUCUUUCAUGUAAGCUAGUAUUCGGCUAGCCAUCCAGUGUGUCGUCAUGGUUUGAAUGAGCACAUGGCAUCUUUAGAGUAUUAACACUGAUCUAUCUUCAUUAUGAUACGAAGCUGUUUAAAAGCCUCAAGGACGUUUAUCUCCCAUUGCCCUGUUGCAUUAAGCCAUGAUGCUGUGUCUCAGCCGGUUCUGGUUAGAAGAGGCCUGUCGAAGAUGGGGCUAUGGCCCUUCAGUGCGAGUCCGCGGGACUUCAGCCUCCCCAACGCAUCCUGGAAUGCAGAGAUGAGGCAGGUUUAUGAUCAUUAUACUGCACUGUGUGAGGUUAAGACGGAAGACAGUGAGGAGACGGGGCCUUGGCACAAGCUUCCAAGUUACAACCGCUCUCUCAAACAUGCUGCAGGAGGAGUGUACCUGAGUAAAUUAAUCCAGUCUAAAGCUAGACUCUUCACAAGGAACAAAAAAGAGUAUGGGGCAGCGUUCGAGUACGUGAUUUUUAUGAACAAGCAGGAGAAGAGAUGUGUGUGUGCGUUUCAGGCUGGGCAUCUACUGGAGGGACCUCCCGGACAUGUGCACGGUGGAGCAAUUGCCACCAUGAUCGAUACGGUAACAGGUACUCUCGCUGGUUACCUUGUUGGGCCUGUUAUGACUGCCAACCUCAAUAUCAACUAUCGCAGUCCAAUACCACUGGGUGGUGUAGUUUUGAUUCACAGUGCUCUGGAUCGGCUUGAGGGCAAAAAAAUCUUUGUAAACUGCAGAGUGACCAGUACUGAUGAAUCCAAAUUACACACCGAGGCUACAGCGCUGUUCAUAUCAGUGAAUAUGGGCCAUUUGUUCGGAAUGUAAUGCUUCAAGCAGCUUACAAGCGUGUGUGUGUGUGUGUGUGUGU